AUGGACGCCUUACUUGCCAAGCUGGGAGCCCAGGCAAUGAACAUGGCCAUCAGGUCAGGCAUUGCCUUGACUUCGACCUAUGCCUUUUCUCAGUGUUCACGCCUUAUGAAGACUGUCGACGAUCGGACUAUCGUCUCUCCUGCCAUAGAUCUCAUAGAGUUCAAAUCAGGCAGAGGAAAUGCCUUCUUGGAGUCAGCCCUUCCUCUGGCCAAGAGUCUUCGUCGAGAUAUAGUAGCCCUAGGCCGCCGGGUGGAGCUAGCAGCUCAAGCAGGGGAAGCAUCGCGGGUGUCUUCGCGACAAAGUAUCGACUCUGAGCAGCAUUUUGAAGAAUUGAAAGCAAUCAUCAAGGAUAUGAAAGAUCUCUUGGCCCAGCUGGAUAACGAUAUCCCCCUUUUGCAUAUGGCCAUAUCCGCAUCAGGGGAGAGCUUGAAUUCCUCCAUGUCCCCUAACAUAUCGCCUUCGAGGUUCUUGCAAGCUGGAACGUUCCUGACCUAUGGCGAUAGUCAAUUUGCCGUCGAUCCUACUCGCCCGGUGCAGAUUGGACCCGUCUUCACACUAUCAAUCUAUAUGCUGUUCCUCGGUCACUCCUCAAAAGCUUCCAAAUCUAGGAGGACACACGCAGAGAGCCAUGCCGAGAAUCCGCAAACACCUCAGAAAAGCUCCUUCAAUGAAGAAGCUGAAGCUUACGGCAUUGGUGAUGGAGAACGCAAACCAUUGUGGCAAGAGGUCAUUCACAAAGCCAGAGUGCGGCUAUGUCGGACACCCAUGAAGCAUGUUUUCGACUCUGAAAAGGGCUUUCAACCGACAACAGCCAGGGAUCGCAACUACGACGAAUCAGGGUUCUAUCGGUCGACUGCUUUCGGCGUCGACCAGCGCAACGAGUAUGCCUACCACCUAGAAAUCAUCGAGGACCUGGAUGAUGGUCGAGCUCAUGACGAUCUGGACGCAGAAUGCGCACCAUACGACGGCAUCAGCCGCGCCGGUGUUCGCGAGUCUAUACCAAUUUAUCAAAUAUCCAGGAUUUUCUACGCUAAUACUGGCCGGAUUCUCAACGUUGGCAGUGACGAUGGCGACAACAACCCUGUCUUGCUGUUGAAACGGGACGUCCUCGCCAAGCCACCUCUCAAGACUCAAGAGGAAAUUAUGUCUUUUCAGGAUGGAAGAGACUCACCAACAGCCUCCGAGGCUGGUAGCGAUUCGGAAGAGACAGAUGACCAGGAUGGUAUCGAUAGGCAACUUCGGGAAGAAAGUGCAGCGCUGGAUAUGCUUCAAGCAAUGCCUGAUCCUGCGACCUCUCGCUCUCGUAGGAGCUUUCCAAGCCACUUGGAUCCGGAAUGGAUUGCUUUGGAGGUUUUCGAAGAGGAUGAGUCGGACACUAGCGAUACUGAAGACGAAGAUGUUCUUGAGCAGCUACCUAAGUUACCAACAGUCGCGACGCCUAUUUCGGCAAGAAGGUCUCCAAUGCCAGCUCAACGAAGCUCGAGGACUUCGCUAGACUCAAGACUCAUGGCACAGAUCCAGAGCCUAUCUGUGCAGUCUUCCCCGUCCAGUAGAAGUAUGAGGUCACACGCGCCAACGCAGUCCUUCUCAAAUGAAAUGGCAAAACAUUCGCCGGACAGCACGGAUUCGUUCGUGGCAAGAUCACCGUUUGUUUCCGUCGUCACAUCUCUUUCACUCAUGGAGAUGCUGAUUCGACUGACGAGCCUGCAAGAAUUUCAGCAGGCAUCGCACCUCACGAUGCACGACCAUAUUCUGAACUUCUUUUUGGACGAAUCAUCCACGACAGGGCUCACCGGGGAAGAGCGUUUGAGAGCUCGAACGGAAACGAAAAGGCGUGUUGGUUUUGAUCCCUAUACUGAUACCCCAUCUAGAAAUUAG